GUGUCCCGGUUCCGACGGUUCAAAGACGAAAGUAAACAAACCGCUUAGUUUUAUCCUGGUUUUCGCUCUCUCUGAAGGUGGUCCUGGAAUACCUACUGCGCGGAUUCGAAGGGGUGGGAUCAGGACCUCGGAACGUUCGAAGGGGCGGGAUAUGGCAUGGGUUGGUCGCUGAAGGCGGUGGGCUGGUUGCGGCCACAAAGUGCUUACUUGUCCUGCUCUCCUGUUGUCAUGGAGCUCAUUACUAGCAACAUUCAGGUGUUGCUUCAAGCGGCCGACUACUUGGAGCGCAAAGAGAGAGAAGCCGAACACGGGUAUGCUUCUCUCUCACCUUACUACGGGCAAGAUGCUUUACAAUCGCAGAGGAGGCCGAAAACGCGAAAGGCCCUGAGAAACCUCCGAUCUGUACACAAUGAGCUGGAGAAACACAGAAGGGCCCAGCUACGGCAGUGUUUAGAACAGCUGAAGCAGCAGAUUCCCAUGAACGCAGAGCAUUCUCGUUACACAAUGCUUGGUCUACUGCACCGAGCCAGACUGCACAUUAAAAAGCUAGAACAUCAGGAACAGAAAGCUCAGCAAGUGAAAGAGAGGCUACGCUGUGAGCAGCAGAAUCUGCACCAGCGCUUAGAACAGUUACAGGCCCAUUUGAAUAUGGAACAGACACAAGCAGAUAGCCUGGAUUCUCAGUUCUCUGAGCGUUCCGACUCAGAAGAUGCUGAAGUGGAUGUAGAAGGCCUGGCACCUGCCAGCAUUGGAGAAGAUGUCAUGGCUGCCUUCAGUACUCGGCAGGAGCACAGCUAUUCCAAUGUCAGCAACUUCUGGUUAUGGACAGAAGUCCAGUUAGGAGGGCAGCUUUCAUCUAGACAAGCUUCAAGCCUUUCAGCGAUUGCUUCAUAGCAGGGUAACUAAUACAUGGCUUAUAAGACUUGUUUUCUGUAAGUAAAGAGGAACCUUUCUUACUGCAAAGGACAAUGCAUCUCCUGCUCAUCAGACUAAAUCUUGCACCUCCUUCUUCAUAAAACCAACUAGGGUAAUUGCCAAGAGACUUAAAUAGAAGCUGGCUAACUUUCCUUGGUAACAUGUGGCAGGAGGAAGAAGAGCGAGGUUUCAAAGCAUUUGACCUGCACCUGGUAUCCUGGAAUGCAGAAUGUGUAGGUGCAUCUUACACCCCAUCCUGGUAAAAGUUUAUGGAGCAGACGAGAUCAUUCUGCAGAGACCUGGGCUGGUAAGGACUCUCAAUUAGGCCUAGAAUCGACCAUAGCAUAUUUAUUCCUUCUCAUUUUAAACAAAAGAUACAUUUAGCUCUGAUAUGCUGAGAGGAUUAAAAAAAUCCAUACUAGAAACAGGUAAAUGUUCACUUCUUUUAUAUGAAACGGGUCAUGCUGUUGAAUUGACCAUGGAAUAAUAGUAAAGCUUUGCUUCAAGAGACCUUUUGCAAUUGCAAAAUUUAGGUUUUCAGACCUUCCACUUCCUUUCAAGUGACCCACCCUAAGAUAUACUCAGUGGUGUUUUGAUAAUUAUUGUAAUUUAAGCACAGUAACUUGUAAUGUUUACUAACUAGUAGCUACCAAUCCUCCCUGCUGAGUUCUUAUGCAACUUCAAAGCAAGCCUUUGUAGAUAAGAGUAAGUGUAAACAGGAAGACAAAUCACAAUGCUGAAAAUCAUUGAUUGUGAAAAACAGGUCCUGAUACUGAAAUAAAUUGAAGUCUAUUCUUUUAAUGAUAA